AUGUUCGUCCUUGUCCUUGGUGCUUCUGGCUUCAUUGGUUUCCCUGCCGCGCAGGCGCUCGCCCGCGCUGGCCACAACGUCUACGGGCAGACGCGCUCGACCGAGAAAGCCGCCCAGCUCACCAAGGAAGAGAUCACCCCGAUCGUCUGCGCCCCCGACUCCGACGGCUGGCACUACCUGAUCCCCAAGCUCGACGUGGUCAUCGACGCCGUUGGCGGCAUGAAUGUGCGCGCGCUCGACGAGGCCGUGAUCUCCGCUACCAGUGCCGCCGCCGCGCGCCUCCGCCCCGCCGGCGCCCCCAAGCUCGCUUUCGUCUACACCUCCGGCGGCUGGGUGCACGGCGACAGCCGCACCGAGAUCGUCAGCGAUACCACCCCGCUCGCAGCCCCGCACCCCUUCGUCGCGUGGCGCCCCGCGCUCGAGCAGAGGGUGCGGGAGGAGAAGGUGCUCAACGGGAUCGUCGUGCGCCCGGGGCUGCUGUACGGGAAGGCGGGCUCCUUGACGGAGGGGUUGUUCAAGAGCGCGAAGGCGGGGAAGGCGGUAUGGCCGGGGAAGCCUGGGGGCAAGCUCUCACUCAUCCACACCGACGAUCUGGCGGACCUGUACGUGCGUGUGGCGGAGCGCGCGCCGGUUCUCGGGGGUCUCGUUUUCGACGCGGCGAACGGGGUCGCGGAGUCGACGGAUGCGAUUCUGGAGAGGCUGGUCGCUGUAAGCGGCGCCAACGGAUACGAGUUCAAGGAGCCUACCAAUCCGUUCGAGGAGGCCGUUGCAGCAUCCGUCGUCACUCGUCCCUACCUUGCGCGCUCCCUGCUGGGUUGGGUCCCGAAGAAGGCUGGCCUGACGGAUAACAUGGAAGUGUACUAUAAUGCCAGCGUCGCAUAAGUAGCGGUCAAAUUUACCCGUCAAUUAGUACGGUCAUGUUUAUCUUCCUGUAUUAUGCACCCUGGUCGUUGCAAUUAAGCAAUCAUCCGGUCAAUUCAUCCAUGUUGGCGUGCUUGUCUGGAAUUGCGAGAGUGCG